ACUUCCUACAUUGCGUCUCCAGUGGCAACCCGCGUUGCGCUUUACGGCGGGACGGAACGCCACUGACGUAAAACGCCGACGUGACAUUACGCGGCAGACGCUCGGCUCAGGACAAAGACAUGGCCAAAGGAAAAGCAAAGACCAACAGCAGCAGUGUCAGCGCAGCUCAGCCUCGGUCCCUCAGGUCAAGGAAGAGGGAAUUCCCAAGUGAUGGACCCUCAGAGACUGAUGAUCAGGACGCUAAAGGAGGUCAUACAACAGUGGAUGCCUCGCUGUUACAAUGCCACCACUCCCCUCUGCAGGAACCUACUGUUAAAGCACCCGAAGAGAGAGAAGCGACUGCAGCCGCAGAUCCAAGCAGUGACUCUCAGCUAAAGGGCCUCAAAAGUCAUGCCGAUAACAAUGGAAACAGGGCUGAAAAGGAUAAGGAGGAAAUGACGGCAGAGGAAUUUAACACAUCGCCAUCCCAAACAUGCACGGAUCAACUCCAGGUCUUCUCACCGGCUUCUGAAGAGGGUGAUGAUGCUGCUCUGGGGGAUCAGCUGAGCGGGGAGGAGAACUCAUGUCAUUUUGAGAAAAAACAAGAAGUUAGCAAGGUGUACAUGACUGAUGUCAAGGAACACGCAAAGGAGGCAGCAGCGGGGUUGCCGGCCAAGAAGAAGCGAAGGAUGGGUAUGUGUGGUCUGACAGAGCGGGAGCGCAGUCACUUUUUACAAACCACAAAAAAUGAGAACGGGCAGAAUUUACCGGAGAGAGAUACAAAGCAGAUCUGUAGUAACACAGCUGACCUUGCGUCUGAGGAAGAGAUUGUAUCGUCAAUAUCCCCCUCGCUGUCCGUCCAAGAAGGCAAUGGUGCAGAGCAGGAAAAGGCAGAGAUGAACCUGCAGUCUAGUCAUUGUGGAGGGGAAGACAGGGAGGAACCUGAAGUCCACACUGCUUCGUGUGUCGUGUCCGACCCAGGCUGCUCAAAGGGAAAUAGUUGUGAGGUUGAGGGAGGCGAGAGGCCCGGUCCAGAGCCAACUGGCGCCCCGAAGUCAGACCUACCUGCAGUGGAGAAUGAGGAGGAGCUUUUGGGGAAUCAGUCGCAGCAGGAACACGAGGGAGGCACUGCGGAGGUUGUGGCUGAAAAACGUAUUCAACUGCAAUUGAAAGGCGGGAAUGACGGGUCAGCAGCAGUCGACCGGAGUGCCGCCAUCACCGGUUCCUCUAAAACGCCGCAGAGUGACGACACCGAGAACCGGGAUGCCGCGGAGGCCGCUCUGCUGCCGGUGAACAGUGUGACCAGGACAAGAGGGGAAGAGUCGCCCGGUGAGGAAAGGGACGGUGACGUAGCUGAGGCAGGCGCCUCGUCCACGCACACGCGCCCAGGAGGCGUCGCGGCGGUGCAGCCCUGCGAGGCUCCGGUGACACCCAGUGGAUCAGAGAUGAAAAACACUUGUGAUUCUGAUGGUGAGCCUGGUGCUGGUUCUUCUACUGCGAACGCUGAGCCCCCUCAGACCGGGGACACUUCUGACCCGUUUGGAUCUGGGUUCUUGGAUUACGUCUCAGACUCGCAGCUGAACACCAUCAUUCUGACUGAGGAGGUGAUGGAGAGGGAGGAAGAUCUUUGUUCCCCAGAUCAUGAAGAUGCCACAGACCUGAUCUGUGGACUCAUCAAAGAACUCUCCGCUCUAAACCCCCCCCUCUCUCUUCCCAGUUGAACUUUUGACUCCCAAUAUAAUUCGUCAAUUUCCUCCUGCUCACGCCCACCGCUGCGCUCUAAUUGGCUGGAGUGUGAUGAUAGCGCGUCACCAGUAGACUUCUUGGCACCUUCCUCAAGCUCUAAAUAAAAGCUUUGAUGGGGGUGGAUUGUAAAUUGAUGGGGAAAUGUGGACAAUAAAUGAAAAUGUAUGUUGUUUAGUAGUAGACCAAAGACAACUUCUCCACAAUAGAGAAACACAUUUUAUAGAGCAAAUUAAAAUCUAAAAUAAGGACAUGAACUAUGGUCCUAAAAUGUUCACUCAUCCUCUGCUUAAAAUACUGAGGGGGAAAAAAGGUAUUGAUUGAGGUUAUUUAAAGUGAAUCAUCCAUCUUCUAGUCGUAGGGUCAUGGUCGCCCACAGAGAGCUGGAGAAUCAGCGCCGCAGUAAAGGUUCAAGAGGCUGCAAACGUUGAGGAUGAUCUCACGUGUCCCCAAUUGUAUGUGGGUGAUGGAGGCACCUGCGCCACAGAUCGACAUACUGUUCAUUUGUUGUUGUUGUUUUGUUGACUGCUGUAAUGUGCAACAGCCUAGGUUUUCAUUUUAUCCCCAAAUAAAGCGGAGUGUUCGUUCAAA